GGCAGGACUGCGCGCUCCAGCACCGAGCCCGGUUCCGCGUCCCCGCCGCCCGGAGGAGGUGCCCGCUCGCUCGCGGCGCGCGCCGGCCGCCAGACUCGGCCUGUGGGAGAUUUCCUCCGGACCCAGGCUCCCCGCCCGAGGAGGAAGAUGCAGACCUUUCUGAAAGGGAAGAGAGUUGGCUACUGGCUGAGCGAGAAGAAAAUCAAGAAGCUCAAUUUCCAGGCCUUCGCCGAGCUGUGCAGGAAGCGAGGGAUAGAAGUUGUGCAGCUGAACCUUAACCGGCCGAUUGAGGAGCAGGGCCCCCUGGAUGUCAUCAUCCACAAGCUGACCGACGUCAUCCUUGAAGCAGACCAGAAUGAUAGCCAGUCCCUGGAGCUGGUGCACAGGUUCCAGGAGUACAUCGAUGCUCACCCCGAGACCAUCAUCCUGGACCCGCUCCCUGCCAUCAGAACCCUGCUUGACCGCUCCAAGUCCUACGAGCUCAUCCGGAAGAUUGAGGCCUACAUGGAAGAUGACAGGAUCUGCUCACCGCCCUUCAUGGAGCUCACCAGCCUGCGUGGGGAUGACACCGUGCGGCUGCUGGAGAAGAACGGCCUGGCCUUCCCGUUCAUUUGCAAAACCAGAGUGGCUCACGGCACCAACUCUCACGAGAUGGCUAUCGUGUUCAACCAGGAGGGCCUGAACGCCAUCCAGCCACCCUGCGUGGUCCAGAAUUUCAUCAACCACAACGCCGUCCUGUACAAGGUGUUUGUAGUGGGCGAGUCCUACACCGUGGUUCAGAGGCCCUCGCUCAAGAACUUCUCCGCAGGCACAUCAGACCGCGAGUCCAUCUUCUUCAACAGCCACAACGUGUCAAAGCCGGAGUCGUCAUCAGUCCUGACGGAGCUGGACAAGAUCGAGGGCGUGUUCGAGCGGCCAAGUGACGAGGUCAUCCGGGAGCUCUCCCGGGCCCUGCGGCAGGCGCUGGGCGUGUCGCUCUUCGGCAUCGACAUCAUCAUCAACAACCAGACGGGGCAGCACGCCGUCAUCGACAUCAAUGCCUUCCCAGGCUAUGAGGGCGUGAGCGAGUUCUUCACAGACCUCCUGAACCACAUCGCCACCGUCCUGCAGGGCCAGAGCACAGCUACGGCAGCUGCAGGGGACGUGGCCCCGCUGAGGCACAGCAAGCUCCUGGCCGAGCUGGCGGGCGGCCUGGCGGGCGAGCGGACAUGCAGUGCCAGCCCCGGCUGCUGCGGCAGCAUGAUGGGCCAGGACAGGCCCUGGAAGGCCGAGGCCGACGCAGGCGGCACUGCCAAGCUGCCUCACCAGAGACUCGGCUGCACUGCCGGCGUGUCACCCAGCUUCCAGCAGCACUGCGUGGCCUCCCUGGCCACCAAGGCCUCCUCCCAGUAGCCACGGAGCCGGGACCCAGAGGGGCGGCGCGGGGCGCGGAGCAUACCCGCUGGGCCAGCAGCUCCCAACAGCGAUGCUACUACUAAGAAUCCCCAGUGAUCUGAUUCUUCUGUUUUUUAAUUUUUAACCUGAUUUUCUGAUGUCAUGAUCUGAAUGAGGGGUGGGUAGAAAUGGAAGAGAGCACCAGGGGGUCCAGCCUUGGGGAAUGGGGCCCCACCUGGUCCCUGCUGUGCUGACGUCUCCACUGAGUUUACACACGCUUGUCUUUUCAACACUAGGUCUGAAUGGGAGGCGGGGUGUGCGUGUGGCUGCCAUUGAGUAUCUGUGCACAUCCCCAUCUGUUGGUCUCCGUGGCCGCUGUGGACCAUUCCUGUGGGGACCCUGAAGGGAAACCUGCCCAUGCCAGGUUGUGGGUGGCUGAUCAGGGCUGUGGGUGGCUGAUCAGCACGCGUGAAAGUGGCUUCCCUUCUCCCUGACUCCCCGCUCCGGGACCUGCCCCUUCCUUGUUUUCCCUCCAAUUUCCACCAAGGCUCUGUAAGCCCCACCCCUGCCAGGUGUGCAGCUAACCCCUCCCUCCCCACAGCCGGAGGAGGCUGCCAUCUGGGCUGUGCUCCCUCACAAAAGGGAAGGAAAGGAAGCUGGGCGUCCUCCGGGCCCUCCAACACAUGUCCCACUUAGCCCUGCACAGCGGCCUCCUUCCCCCAAGCCAGCACUGCCGCUCCCUGAAGAAGCCCAGGAAGGAGGCUGCCUGGCUGGGAGCCCUGAGCUGAUGGCGCCUGUGCCAAGGGUUUGUACUGUGAUUUGGGCAAAUCAUUCCAGGUCUUUGGGCCUCUGCACCCUCGUCUUUAGUAGGCAGUUGAGACCAGGGAGCACCACAGGGCUGGCUUUGUGCUCUAACCCCUGGGAGGCAGCCUGCCUCUCCAUGAAGCCACCCGGGUGAGGACAGGCAUGGGAGCCUCAGCAUGACUCGGUGGAGAUCAGGGCCCUCUCCCAGCGGGUUCACUCCUUUUCACAUCUGCUGGGUCCCUCCUCACCCAGCAAGCCUGGUCCACCUCUCAUUGCAAGCCCCAAGCACGGAGCCAGCCAGGUACCAGGGAGCCACACCUCCUGCACACCUCAGACUCACCCCAUCGCCUUGGCAGCAAAGCACUGGCUCUCCUGCCUGACCCCUGGUCCAGGCAGCCCCUCUGCAGAGAGAAGGGUUGGAGAGGAGCCUCCAUAGUCCCUGGAAGAUGUGGAGUGCUGGGUGAGAAGCAUCAGGCCUCCCUGAGUAUGAUUUUGUGUUUUAAGAUACCAGUUUACUUUGAAGAAGUGAAAAAGGCUUCUGGGCAGUGCUCUGCCCAGUGAGACGGAGGACACUGGAGAGAAUGCCGAGUGUCCCAAGAGAGGUCCCUGAGCUGGUGCGUGGGGGUCCUUCGGCCUGGCUUGGCCGGGAGGGGUGCCCCCUUUAAGGAGGGAGGCACAGGGCUUGGGCAAGGGGCAGAAGCCAUCAGAACUGCCCUGCUCUUUUGGAAACUGAGGACCCAACGACUAACCACGUUUACACGACUUGAGUGUUGAACCCCGAUCAAUGUCUGUACAUCGCCUUUCCUGGUUCUGACCCUGAGCCCCAGGGAAACAGGAAAGCGCGGCCGGCCUCUUGCACUGCUUUGUCUCCAAAAUAAACUACUGAAAUCAAACCACAUUUCACACGUGUUUACACAUGUUGCUCAAGUUUGUUAUGUCAUUCCCCCAGUCCUUAAAAGAUGUUUAAUAAAACAGCUUUACCUUUUAAAAAUAAAA